CGGCAGUUGGAUUGGACCGCCGAUUGAACAAGGAGAUGAAGCUGCUCAAGAGAAACAUCAGUGAGAAGGAUGGCACGGGCUCCGUGACCCUGCGCGCGGAGGAACCUGAAGAUAUGUGGCAUGUAUUCAACUUGAUUCAUAAAGGAGACGUGCUAAAGACGACCACCGUGCGCAAAGUCGUCAAGGAGGGCGCUACAGGGUCAACUUCCAGUCAGCGCCUUCGCAUGAGCCUUGCUCUAGAAAUCGACCACAUCGACUUUGAUCCGGCCAAAUGCUUGCUUCGCAUCAAGGGUAUCAACGUCGAGGAAAACCCGCAUGUUCGCAUGGGAGCGUCGCACACGACCGAUCUCGAACUCAACAAGGACUUCACAUUGAAGAAAAACUGCUGGGAUCUCAUGUCCAUCGAGCGCAUUGAGACCGCAUGCAACGUAGCCAAGCAAGCCGAUGUCGCAGCGGUCGUCAUGCAAACUGGCCUUGCGCACCUGUGCUUGAUCACAAGUCACAUGACGGUCAUCCGCGCCAAGAUCGAGAGCAGCAUUCCGCGCAAGCGCCCUGGGAACACAUCGCAUGCUAAGGGAGUUGAACGUUUCUACGACAACAUCGUCCAGAGUCUGAAGCGCCAUAUCGACUUCAACUUGGUCAAAUGCGUGCUUCUGGCGAGUCCUGGCUUCGUCAAGGACGAUUUCCUCAAAUACAUGCUUGACUACGCCAUCCGCACUGACGACAAGGUCAUUCUCGAGAACAAGGCGCGCUUCAUCCUCGUCCACGCGUCAUCGGGGCACAAGCACGCCCUCGACGAAGUCCUGGCCGACCAGAAAGUCAAGGUCCAGCUGGAGGACACAAAGGCUGCAGGGGACGUGAAGUGCCUUGACACGUUUUUUGAGAUGCUGCACUCGGACCAAGACCGCGCUUACUACGGCUACAAUGUACGUCCGAGGAAGAUGGUAGUGACGUGGGAGGCUGAUGGGAGGUACAGCAUGUCGUUCGCGCGAACGACCAGAACGCGGUGGAAACUCUCUUGAUCGCGGACUCGUUGUUCCGGUCCCAGGACGUGCAGACACGACGCAAGUACGUCACGCUGGUCGAGAAAGUUCGCGAGAACGGCGGCCUAGUUCGCGUCUUCAGCAGCUUGCAUGUGUCGGGUGAGAAACUCGCCCAGUUGAGCGGGAUCGCGGCGAUUCUGCGAAUGCCGUUACCCGAACUGGAAGAAGACGGCGACUCCGACGACGAUAACGACAUCGCAGCUGACGUUCUAGCGACCGCAGACAGCACAGUUGGCGACCUCGACGACCUCGAGUACAUUUAACGGCCUAACAGCGACAUUGCACCUCCUCCAGGCAAUCAUGCUGAGAACGACCGGCAUGUACAUGAGAUCACGCGUGAACCUUUCAUGCACUUGGACUGCUGCCAGAUGCAAGAGAGACGGCAAGCAUCGACUCACUUGGACUCGCGGUCUUAUCACGCUCUCUCUCCCUAGGACGUCCGUCGGCCUCUGAUUGAAAGUUGCCGAGUUGAACAAAUCACCAAGGGAGUAUUUUAUCUAUUGAUAAGGGUAAUCGAAUAUGGAGUUACAA